UUAGUCAUUUGAGCGACAACUUGUUGGUCAACUUUAUUUUUCAACCCAUCCGACCAUUAAAUUAAGCAGUCUGCAGGUAGCGGACGAUCAUUAACAACGUUGUUAAAAGUAUUCUCUUCUUUUGGUUUUGCUUGCCUCGACCUUCAACUUCAACCAAUAACGAUUAAAUUGCGAAAUUCCGACAAAAUGGAAAUCUAUAUGAGUAACCUCGGUUUACGUCUCAUCAUCGUUUGUUCGCUUAUCACAGUAGGAUGGUGUUACAGAAGCUCGGGACAUCACUAUGACCAACAUGUGCCCUUUGGAUCCAUGCAAUAUGGAAAUCAAAAUAAUGCAAAUUGUCCAAUGCUUCAACCAUUUCCUCCGAAUGCUGCUAAAGUCACCGACAACUUACCCUAUGAAUGUCUUCCCUCGUACUUGAGAAAUCGAAACGCGGUCUUAGACGACGACGAUGGAACAACGGAAUGGGCAGCAGGCAGUAAACCUGAUUAUAGUUCCGUUGAUGCGCUGUUUGUCACUGAACGCACAAUAAUUCAUCCGGAAGGUUCAAUGGAAGACCGAAUUUCAAACUUAAUAAAAAACUGGGACAAAGAAUUACGCCACAAACGAAAUUCAAAACAGUGGGUGACGGUAGUACCGGACAAUUACUUCAUGGUUAAUAACGGUGAACGACUAUCGUUGGCGGAAAUUUUCCAGAUUGGGUCUUACAAUAUGUUUCUCGGUCGAUCGGAAUUUUACUCAAGAGACUACAUCAACAGUUCAACUGCCGAUAACACCUUUCAAACUGCAUUGGGCAGCGGAUUUGCCAUAGAAGUGCUGGAGGUGUUUUCACCACCUCCCAGAGUUUCAUUCAAAUUCAGACACUGGGGUCACAUGACCGGAGCGCUACGAUGUCCAAUGAGAAAUGGCACUUGGUUAAAUGUACCGCCACAUGGACGCAAAGUGGAAUUCUUCGGUAACAGCGUGCUUCAUGUGAAUGAAAAAUAUCAGAUUAUGAGUGUCGAGAAUAGCUUCAGGGGCGAUGCACUGAUGGAACAAAUGGUUCUUGGAACUGGAGUUGGAACUCGAACUGGAACGUUGAAUGGAAAUGGAGGUGUUGAACCAAAUCGAGGAAGUGGUGCUUGGUUUUGGUAAUCGAUUUAUAAUAAUUUACACCAAUAAAGGUCAGAAUAAUCCGAAAA